ACCCGCGCGGCGGCCACUUUCGUUAGCCUCGCCCGCCGGAGCACGUUAGCUCCCCGGAGCUAAGCUGCACUAGCGCCCGUGUGUUUUUCGGAUGCGGCACACGCAGCUACAUUUGGCCCCGUGGCUCUGUAGCUCGCAGCAGAACCCGGGUACAUGUCUUUCUCAGCUCGCUCGCUGACCCGCCCAGGUAACAGGGCGAGCCCGAUGUGAGCCGGGGACCUGUCUUCCUCCCACGGGGGCUGGAGAAAGGUCUGUUUGUGCCCUGACGCCGGGAGCUAGGAGGUCGGUCAGUUGGCUAGCUAACGUCAGAUAAGAAGCUAACGAUACUCAACUCACCUGGUUAACUCUUGAGGGAGCUCAGCAAUGAAUAAGCUACGGCAGAGCUUCCGGCGGAAGAAAGACAUCUACGUGCCUGAGUCGAGUCGGCCGCACCAGUGGCAGACAGAUGAGGAGGCGGUCCGGACCGGGAAAUGCAGCUUUGCAGUCAAGUACCUGGGACAUGUGGAAGUGGAGGAGUCCAGGGGGAUGCACAUAUGCGAGGAUGCAGUGAAGCGGCUGAAGACGGACAGGAAAUUCUUCAAAGGAUUCUUUGCAAAAGCCGGGAAGAAGCCAGUGCGGGCCGUGUUGUGGGUGUCGGCAGAUGGUCUUCGCGUUGUAGACGACAAAACAAAGGACCUGAUUUUAGACCAGACAAUAGAGAAGGUGUCGUUCUGCGCUCCGGACCGGAACUUCGAGAGGGCGUUUUCUUACAUCUGCAGGGACGGCACCACACGACGCUGGAUCUGCCAUUGUUUCAUGGCCAUCAAAGACUCGGGAGAGCGUCUCAGUCACGCUGUGGGUUGUGCAUUCGCCGCCUGUCUGGAGCGGAAACAGAAACGGGAGAAGGAGUGUGGGGUCACGGCAACCUUUGACGCCAACAGAACUACUUUCACCCGUGAGGGCUCGUUUCGUGUUACCACAGCAACUGAGGCGGCGGAGCGGGAGGAAGUCAUGAGGCAGCUACAGGAUGCUAAAAAUGCAGAGACAGACGUGAAGGUUUCUGGAAACUCGGUGACAAACUCCUCAGCACACCAGACAGGAGGUUCACCAUCCCCCUCGUCCUCCCCGCCUCUCUCUUUGCCCACGCUGGGAGCUCAGGCGAUACCCCGCAGACAUGCACCAGCUGAGGCUCUUGCCAGGCAGGGCUCCUUCAGAGGCUUCCCAGCCCUCAGUCAGAAGACGUCUCCCUUCAAAAGACAGCUGUCGCUGCGUAUGAACGAGCUGCCCUCCACCAUGCAGAGGAAGUCCGACUUCCCCAUUAAAAAUACAGUACCUGAGGUAGAAGGUGAAAGUGACAGCAUCAGUUCGCUGUGUACUCAAAUCACAACAGCAUUCAGUGGACCCCCAGAGGACCCCUUCUCCUCAGCACCAAUGCCCAAGCCAGCCUCAUCCCCACAGUCUCCUGUAGCACCAGUGAACAGCACAGCUCCUGCCUUCUCUGUUGCUGCUGCUACUGCUAACCCCCCAGUUCUACCCCCUGCCCUGCCUGCUCGAGAAACUAACCCCUGGGCCAAGACCCCAGCAGGGGCCCCGGCCUCAGCGCAGCCAGGAAGUGACUGGUCAACUCCUACUCCGGUGAUAGUAGAACCCCCUCCAUCCUCCCCCGCCCCACCGUCUCACAAGCGCACGCCAUCAGAAGCAGACCGGUGGUUGGACGAAGUUACCAAGUCUAUCCGAGCCCCGCAGCCUAAUCCGAUCAUGGCAUCAGCGUCGCCCCCCGCCCAGUCGUUCACUGCCCCUGUGCAGAUUCCUGUGGCGUCUGUUCCUUCAGUUCCCUUCAUGUCCUCUCUGCCCCCCGUGGUGCCCAUUUUGCCCCCCCGGCAGCUCGCCUUCCAUGGUCAGGCUCCAGCCUCUUACCCCAUGUCCAAUGGGCUGCCUUUCCCUCAGCCCAGCGCGCCUGUGGUCGGCAUCACUCCUUCGCAGAUGGUGGCUAAUGUGUUCGGCUCAGCCACGCAACCCCAGCCGUUCGCCGUCCCUGCGUCUACGACACCCCAGCAUGACACCAGGCCUGUGGGCAACAUCAGCCCCUUCAUCAAACCCCCACAGCCCACCACCAUGAACCCUAUUCACCUCCAGUCAUCCAAUGGUAGUGUGACCUUCAAUGGGGCAGACAACUGGGCCACUCCUUCCCAGCUCGCUCCAUCCUCCCUAGCCACCGAGCCGCCCCCACAGCAGCAGGAAGAUGCCUUUGAGGCCCAGUGGGCAGCCUUGGAGAGCCGCUCGCGCCAGCGCACCACACCCUCUCCGACAAAUCCCUUCUCCACCGAGCUGCACAAGACGUUUGAGAUUCAACUCUGAAGAUUGUGCUCGAGAUGAGAAAGUAAUGGACAAUAAGUGAGCACAGGUGGGUAACUGACAACAGAAGAGAGGGGAAAGUUCCUCUGCCUCCCUUCAUCUCUGCUUCAGCGGACAAUAUCAGCCGGGCUGAAAAGAACUGGCAGAUAAUGGAGAGCAACGGGUGAAUCAACAGGGAGCAGAACUCUGCACAGCAGUGAGAGGAGAUUAAAAAAAACAAAACCGUUUGCUGUUAACAAGGAUGCUGCUCCCCUGGCUUUUCAUUAGCAUCGUCUGUAUUGUUUUGUUUGUGCUGUGGAGCUCAAGGUCGUCAUUACCCUGUGGAAUAACUGUGCAGAGCCACACCCAGCCCCCGUGUCAGCCCCCAACCAGGUGUGGCGGCUCCCGUCCCCUCCCCUCCUUUGCUUGGUCGAGCUCCCAGCGCCCCCUGUUGAAAGGAAGAGACCUCCCUCACCUGGCAGAGGAACUGCAGCACUGAGAGAACUCGGCUUCCAGAUGAGAAGUUCUCAUUAAUAACUUUCCAAUCAGAAGAAUGGAGUGAGACAAUGCCAAAAUCUUUAUUUUUAUGCAUUAAGUAUAUUUUAAAUAGCUUUGGAAUCUAACAGAAGAGUUGUAAGUAAUCUUGCCAAAGGCACAGGCUAGCUACAAUGAGACAAGUUUAUGUUCGUGUAUACAAGAAAUGACCCUAUAUAUUAUACAUAAAUAUAUAUAUCUAUAAAGAAUCUAUACUGUACACAGCUCACAGCAGUGCUAAUUUUUAAUGUGAUGUAAAGAGAUUUUGUGAAGGGACAGCUGCUUUACUGUUGUGUUUUACUGUUUUAUUUUUGAAGAAAAAUCUCUUUAUUGCCGUCUACUGCAUCCUGUGAUUGGAUGUGAAGCAUCUCACUGUAAAUACGGAAUCAUUGCAGCAACAAUCAAUGUGGACCUAGCAGUGGUGGUGGUGCCCGACUGGUUGCCUCUCUUACCUGUACUUUUAAUAGUUUAGUACACAUCAGUACUUAACAUUUUGCUCCCUCUGUCUUCCCUGUCGUUCAUUUUGUGUGAUAACAAUCUUGC